ACAGACAGACAGAGUCAGUGGGCAGCGAGCAGCGAGCAGCGAGCAGGCACGUCAUGGCUCUGGAAGCUCCACCACCACCACCUAUCCAAUCCAAAACCAAAUCUCAAUUGAACCGCCGGUUCGCAGCCUCGGCGGCCGGUUUUCUCCGGCCCGACAGCCAACAGAGAGCAGCCCGUUUUCCAUCUUCCCCAUUUUCCGUUCAGAAAACUAGCUACCGUACGCCGAGCCCCAUAUUGUCUGCUGCUGUUAAGGAACGGAAGGCGGGUGCGGUGACGGAGUCAGAGUCAAAGCCGGUGAGAAUAGUAGCCCUCGUCGGCCAAGGUACCCUCAGCCCUCUUAAAGGCACACCUUGGGAAGAGGUCAUGCUCCACACUGCAAAAAGACUGAAAUGGGUGGACGAAGGAUAUGAAAUGCUUGUUUUUACCGAUGAUAUCUGCCAAUCUGGUAAUGAAAAUGCUGUAAAUUUCAUGAGGGAAUUACGACGGGCUGAUAUUCUGGUGAUUGUUUCUGUUACGAAUCAAGAUUCAGUUAAUUGGAUUCAAACUAAAAGUGAAAAUGUUGGAAACAUAAUCUGCUUUGACUCAUCUCCCAAUUUGUCAAACAAAUUAGGAGGAUCUUAUAUUCACAAGGAAACCAAGGGAAAUAUAUUUGGCAAAAUCUUUGAUACUUCUCAAUCAAAGGACAGUGAAUCAGUGGAAGUGGUCCAGACUGUGUCACAGGCGUGGGACAGGCAUAAUACGGAUGAUAUAAGGUUUUGUUUAUUAGUCAUAAUCAAUGCUUAUAUAAGGCCUGUCCCGAUCCUGAAGAAUCUAAGAUCAAAAGGUCUUUCUACCCUGAGCUGCAUGGUGAAGAACUGCGGGCCUCAGAUACUAAACUGCCUCUUGGAUCCCAAUUGUCGAAAAGCUCUUCAAUGCUUGAAUCAAUGCAGUCCAGUAGAUCAAGUGUGUAACUAUCGGUGCAUUGCUUCAUAUGAGAGUCCAAAUCUUGAAGCCUUUUCUCUGUGUGUGUUGCAGAAGAACAAUUGUCUUGGGUUGGAUGCAAAGAUCCCUGACAAACCAUAUGUGCCACCCAUGGUUAAGUUUCAAGGGAAGGACCUGUGCCAUGAAACUGCUGAAGAUCUUUUUGUUGGUUGGUUGGGGAGUUUGAAUUGGAGUUGGCGUGUUGUGGCAGGGCAGAACCCAGCUUAUGAUCAAUUUCCUUGCCAGUACCAGCUCUUUUACAGGGGGAAGGCGAGAGGAUCAUUUUGGUAUGAGCCAGUUUUUCAGGUGAGAACAUUGGAGGGGAAGAUGGUCUGGAGGAGGCGAAAGUAUCGAGUCAAGAGAAGUAAAAUCCCAGGGACAUUCAACUUCAGUGUCUUGGACAAUGGGGUUAUUUCAAAUGAGUUUUGGACAGUUGUGGACGUCCCUGAUGAUCUUAGUUGGGGUUUGUUUUAUUAUAGUGGUGCUGCUCGAGCUGCAGGACAAUGCUAUACCGGUGCUGUGCUUGUCAGUCCAGAUGGGGCAUACCCGAACGACCUGCAUAAGGGGAGGUUAGCUGCUGCUCUAGAGAAGUGCGGAAUUAAAGAGUGGGAGCUCUAUACAGUUAAUAAUUCUUCAUGUUUAAAUCCUCCAUUGGGAAUUCCCGAGGGUUCAAGUUUGCAUUCAGCGAUACAAGUUAAAAAUCAGACAGGGAUAUCCAUGGUGGGUUUGGCGGAUGCUUGAACCUCAAAAUACCCUAUUGACCGAAAAAAGAACUUCAAAAUACCCUUGUGCAUGGAGGAGUCGGAGACUCGCAAAUGAAGCCCAAGGUUAUCAUUAUCUUAACUUCGGCUGAAUUAAGCUCAAUUUUAUGUAUUAACACAUUGUAAAGCUGUCUUUGUUAUUAUAAUGUAGAAGACAAUGUAAAUUGAGUAUUAUUUGUAUGUAUUUGUAAAUUGAGUUUACUGCAA